GAGAAGUAUGGUCAAAAUAUUGGUUUAUACCGGGAUGAUGGUUUGGCUGCCCUCAAUGGAACACCGCAGGAAAUAGAGAAUAUCAAGAAAGGUUUUUGCAAAGUCUUCCGCGACAAUGACUUAAAAAUCACAGUCGAGGCUAACAUCACCAAAACCAAUUUUCUAGACGUCACGCUUGACCUCUCAAGUGGGAAGUAUUACCCUUUUACUAAGGAAGGCAACAUCCCCCUGUACGUGCAUAAAAAAUCUAACCACCCACCAUCCAUUCUGCGCAACAUCCCUGAAUCAAUCAAUAGGAGGCUCUCCGAGAUAUCUUCCGACAGGGAAUGCUUCGAUAGUGCUAAACCUAUUUAUCAAGAAGCUCUCAAAAAAAGUGGGUACAGCUACACCCUGUCAUUCAACGCUGCAUCAAACCAGGCACCACGUCCACGAAGAAACAGGCAGCGGAAUAUUACUUGGUUUAACCCACCAUACAGCAAGAACGUGGAAACUAACGUCGGAAAAUGCUUCCUUGCACUUAUUGAUAAGCAUUUCACAAAAACUAAUCCUCUUCACAAAAUUUUCAACCGGAACACCCUUAAACUGAGCUACAGCUGCAUGGGCAGCAUUAAAACUGUCAUAUCUAACCACAACAAAUCUGAAAUCCGGAAACUCGCACGCACUAAUGAUCGAGCUAGGAAAAGCUGCAACUGUAGAAAACUUGACAUAUGCCCCAUGGAUGGAAGCUGUCACAUGGAAAGCAUAAUUGACCAGGCAGAGGUCACCACAGAAACCACAAAGGAAACGUACAUUGGUCUCUGUGACACCACUUUUAAAAUGCGUUACAGGAACCACUUGUGCUCAUUCCGAAACGAACGUUACAGGCAUGCUACUGAACUUAGCAAAUAUAUAUGGAGUCUUAAAGAUAAGGACACUAAGUUUAAUAUUAAGUGGCGCAAGGUGAAACAAGCUAAUUCGUAUUCCAAUGUAGCUAAAAGAUGCAAUUUGUGUUUGUGGGAAAAAUAUUUCAUCAUUUGUAAACCGCCAAUGGCAAGUUUAAACAAAAGAAAUGAGUUGACAUCAGAGCUUAUGAUCUUUGGGGAAGUGUUUGUCAAUCAGCGCGAGGAAUUUAUGUCCGAUGUUAGUGCUGGUGUUCUUGGCGAAAGGCGGGUUGUACCAGAGGAUGUUGUUGCAUUGGCGAUUCUUGUGACUUUGUGUGUGCGUUGGUUCGUAGUGGAGUGUGUAGCUGUAACCACUGGUGUUUAA